AUGGAAUAUGUGGCCGAACAUCUUCGCCAUAGGCUCGAGCCAUGUGAGGAUGAAGGAGGCGAACAGUUCUGUUUGGGCCCAAAGAACGCCGGUCUAUGCGACAGUCCGGGCUUCGCCAAAGUUGCAGAGCAGAUGUGUGCCAAAACCCAUGUGAGGAUGAAGCAGGCGAACAGUUCUGUUUGGCUCCAAAGAACGCCUGGUCUAUGCGACAGUCCGGGCUUCGCCAAAAUUGCAGAGCAGAUGUGUGCCAAACGUGUGGUAUUUGUGAAUGACUGCUCAACAAGAGCGUUCAUCACUCAAAUCUGA